GUACUUUUUCAUUAAUCAAAGAAAUAAAUGACCUUAAAACUUAACCCAGAAAGAGUUCUUCCCUCUCAUUCAGCUUCUAAAAUUGAAGAAGACAGAACGUGAAAAAAAAAAAGGUGUCUUCCUCUUCCAGAUUCUGUCAUUUAAUAAACAAGUGUUAUCAGGAUAAAACAUGCAAUUUACUAAAGUCAUUUAUUCCUAUGCAGCAGAAAUAUGGGAAUUAAGCUUUAUAUAAGGCUUGUUGCUAUUGGUCUUUGAGUAGCCAUGGCUUCUCUGUUCUUCUUCUUCUGUCAGCUUCUUUUGAGUUUGGGAAGGAGUUUCGUUGCCGGAGCAGAUCAGGUUCCGGCCAUGUUCGUGUUUGGCGAUUCAUUAAUCGACCCAGGAAAUAACAAUCAGCUAUUAACACUGGCCAAGGCUAACUUUAGACCGCAUGGUAUAGAUUUUCAAGAGGGGACGACUGGAAGGUUUUGCAAUGGUGGAACAGUCGCUGAUCAUUUGGGUAAGCUUUUUUUUUAUAUACUUGGAUAUCAGGGAAAGCGCAUCCCCAUGGAUGAACAGCUACAAAACUUCAAUGCUACAAUAGAAGAACUAAGCACAAUGCUUCUUGACAAGACCCAAGACCACAUAAGAAGAUCUCUCUUCCUACUAGCUCCAGGCAGCAAUGACUAUAUCAAUAACUAUCUCUUACCACUUUCCAAAAGACGUUCCAAAUACACCCCUGAAGCUUUCGCCAAUCUACUCAUUCAACAAUUUGGAAGACAACUCAAGGUACGACAAAAAAACUCGCCUUUAUUACUAGACAAUUAUGAUAAAGCAAGGAAUUCAAAACCUUUUUGCUUUGGUAAAUGUCAGGAUUUGUAUGAUUUGGGCGCAAGGAAAUUCGUGAUAGCCAAUAUCAGUCCUAUCGGUUGCAUACCGAACCAGUUGACAGCGCAGGACAGUGAUACAGGUGCGUGUGUUGAAUCAGUCAAUCUAAUGGCAUCUCACUAUAACAGAAAGCUUAAGGAGAUGGUUGAUCAGUACAAUGCACAGCUCAAGGAAUCAACAUUCCUCUACUGGGAUGCAUUCUCCUUUGGCAUCAAUGUCAUCCAAAACUAUGCCAACUAUGGUAAUCAUCUUAACCCAUUGAAAUACAUAACAAAAGAUGUCAAGUCAUUAAUGUUUACUAAAGCUAGCCUUGUCAUUCAUGAUGAAGGCUUCAAGAGCCAAAACACAGCCUGCUGUGGCGGCGGCAAAUGGAAGGGUCAGAUCAUCUGUUUACCAGUUCUUUCUCCAUGCCAAAACCGGUCAGAGUAUGUGUUCUGGGAUCCUUACCAUCCUACAGAUGCUUUCAAUGUUAUUGCAUCGAAGGAUCUAUACCAAGGAAAUCUGCAAGCCUCAUUCCCAAGGAAUGUUCAGCAGCUAGUUCAAAGCUAGGAAUGUUUAGAAAGGAAGUCAAA